AUGGGGAUAGUGAAAGAGAUAAAACUUCGAGUUAGAAAUUCCUUAAAAUUAAGAAAAUCAAAACGUGGAUCACUUAUUAACCUUCAAAAUCUUCCACCCGAUUGCCUUGAGAGAAUUUUUCAACAUGUUUAUACCGACAUUUCAAACGAGAACAUCAUCGCCUCAACCAUAACCAACUUGAAUUCUCUAUUCAUGUGCGCUCAAGUAAACAAACUUUGGUGCGCACUUUCAAUUCCUGUGUUAUGGCGUCGUCCCUUUUCGAUCGCUCUCGAUGGAAAAAAGAAUGCGCAAUUAAUAAAUACCAUCAUCUCGUUCCUUUCCGAACAAGAAAAGAACAUCUUGGAGUAUCAAAAAUUAAAGUUUGAACCUUUUACGAGUCACCAGUUCAAUUACCUACAAUUGAUAAGAGUGUUGGACUACGAUAACUUUAUUAAAUCAGUACAUAGGUGGGUUGUUAGGUAUCCCAACGAUUGCAAGGAUUUUACAAAGUCGCGUAUGCUCACGCAAUUACUCGGCAAGGUUCUCCUCAAGGAAAAUGCCUUAAGCGGAUUUAAAACGUUUAAUUACUUUCGUGUUAGGACUUAUGAUAAUUUUAAUUUUAUUCCAUUAAAUAAGUUAAGCCCCAAUAAUUCUUUUGAUUGGUUAAGUCAACUAACCCAACUCGAGUAUAGAAAUCCUCACAGGGUUAAUAAGAUGAAUUUAAACGAAUUCCUUGAUUUCUUUAGUAUCAUCACGAGUAAUUGUAAUCAAAUCAACAACCUAUCAUUGGAUGUUAGAAUAGAUGACUUUGCGAUUGAUCAUUCGAUUUCCAAAUUACUAUUGAACGA